AUCCGUCCACUUCGAAGGAACCUUAAUAAUUAGCCGUAUUGGUUUUGUAAGGAAAAAAUGCGGAUAAAAAUGUUAACAUUUUACUGACCACUGCUAUCUUUUCACGAACCUCAGAACUAUCAGAUAUACUAAAGAGAGCUGAAGUAAUUCAUUCUUUCCAUCGUUAAAAUGGCUGGGUCUAAGUAUGAUAAAUUAAUUGAUGCAGAUGAUGAUGUUUUUGACAAUUCUGUAACACAAAAAAGGAAUACCAACAGUAACUUUACACUGAGUCGAAUCAAGGAGGAUGCUCUAUUAAAUGAUUUUGAUUCAUCUUUUGUAGAGUCUGAUGUUACAAAUGUCCCCAAAACUAAUAGGAAAAAAGUUACUCUUACCGACGUCGAUAUUGAUGACGAUGAUAUAUUUUUCAAUGACCCGUUGUUGAUGAAUCAUAACCAAUCUCAAUCUCAAUCUCAUUCUCAAUCUCAAUCUCAAUCAACAUAUCAAGUCAGCGAUGAUGUUAGAGAUAGUAAUACCAAUGAAUUAGAAUCAUCAAGUAAUUAUUUUUCGAUAAAUUAUUAUAGAAAGUAUUUUAAUUUGACCUCAUCGUUUUUCUUCAAAAAAGUAUUGAAUUAUUUAAAUAUUUAUUCAAACUAUAAAAUUUCAACAUCGAAAAAUUUAAAUCCUCUUUACAUCAAUUCGAAUUUUAAUAAUAUUGAAGAUGAUAUUGGAGAACUUUAUGGACCAAUUUGGAUCAUUGCAACGAUUUCAUUUAUAUUAUUUUUUUCAAAAUCAUCUUCAGAUUUGUUAUACAACUUUAUCAAAAACGGGAUAAAUUAUCAGAAUCCUGAUAAUGAUAAUAAUAAUGAUAAUGAUAAUAAUAAUUUGAUUAGUAACUCCAAUUUUAAUAAUUUAACAAAUUCACUAAUUUAUUUAUAUUCUUAUACUAUUAUUAUACCAGUUAUAAUAUAUUUAAUAGCCAAAUGGUUGAAUUUUAAAAGAUUUUUAAAACUAAUUAAAAUUAUUGAAAUUUUUGGAUAUUCAAAUUUAGUUUGGAUACCACUUUCAUUGUUAAAUUUUUUCAAGAUAUUUUUGAUUAAUUUUAAGUUUUUGGAAAAUUUAUUAAUUUGGAUUUUUAUUUUUAUUGGCUAUUUAUUUAGCUUUGGAAAUUUAUUUUUCAUUCUAUUACCAAUUUUUAAAAAAAAUAUUGAUUUAAAUGACAAUAAUUCAAUUGAAGGUAUCAGUGAUUAUAGGAAAGCCUAUUUAAUUUUGACAGGCUUAGGGAUAAUCCAAGCGAUUUUUGCGAUGACAAUUAAAUUUACUUUUUUCCAUAAUUUUUCCUAAAUAUUUUAUAAUUGAACAAAUGGUUUAUAAUUAAAUGACCUUGAUUAAUUAGUGAGUAAAAAAAUGUAUAAAAAGAAUUUAUAAGAAAAUUGGUAGGUAAUGAAAAAUGAAUGGGAUAAGAAUUAAGUGGUAAAAAUGAAAAUGAAGAUAAAAUUAAAAGAACAUGAAAAGGUUAUGAAAAGGAUAUGAAAUUAAGAUGAAAAAAAUAAAAAAAAAAAC